AUGAAAACUCAAACAAUAUCGGUCAUGGAAGGAAAAUUAAACGAAUCUUCUAGCAGUGCACUUAAUUACUCAAAUGAAAGUUAUAAAAUGGCCAGCAAGAGCCCUGAAAACUUGGAUUUCCAAGGAUAUAAAAUUGAUUCUCAAUUAGAUUGUGAGCAGUUAGAAGAAAACUCAAAGACCCUACAGAUAUCAGUUCUUUUACAUAAUACUAGCGAUGAAGAUCCAAUGAUUGAGAGUUCUGAGUCAAAUAAUUUUGAUAGUAUUAUAUCAUUUGACUCUAUCGAAAAAAUUAAGCGAAAAAACCAAUAUUUAGCCCAAUCUAUAGGAGAAAAAAUCAAGGAACUCAAAUAUAUAAACUCAGGAAACGUAAAAAAAAACAUGCGAAAAAUUUCUGAAAUUUUGAAUUAUAAAAAUAGCAUAUCAGAAUUAAAAAAUAGCGCAAAUUGUGUUGCGGCUGAAACAAACGUAACAAAAGAAAGGCUUUCGAAUAUGAAAUUGGCAAUGGACAUUGCUUUAAAUAAAAAUGGAAACAAAGUAAAGCAAAUAAAUAAAACUCCGAAAGAAGGGUGAAGCUAAAAAAAAUUAUGGCCAAAUUUUUUUACAGCUGUUCUAUACCUUUAUUGGCAUUUUUUUAUUUUUGCUAUGCACUUUUUUAACAUAAAAAAAAACAGUUUUUUUUUUAAAUUUUUAUUAAUUUAACUGAACAGCUUUAAGAAAGUGUGCUGUAUUUUUUCAUAUUGAGCCCUGAAAGAAGAUUCACUAGAAGGCAUUAGCAGCGUAAAAGCUGCAGAAUUAAUUAAUGAAUUACAACGUUCAAUUUUUAAUAAUGCCAAUGAAAAUUUUACAUUUGUAAACGCAAUAGAUAAAGAGAAAAAUUUAAAAGAGGAAUAUACACAGACAUUUAAUGAAAUUAAUGAGCUGUCUUUUGAAAACAAUUCAAAGUCAGCUUGCUGCCAUAUAUGCUCUAUAAUUUAA